AUGCCCUCCCAGACAGCCUUCAUCUCCGGCCCCAUCAACACCGGUCCCAACGAAAUCUACUUCCACACACACUACCCACCCCUCCUCACCGCCGCCAUCGCCCGCAACGACUCCUUCGUCCUGGGCCCACUUCCCUACGGCGUCGACUCCGACGCACUCACCUAUCUCCUGCAGUACCCCGUCUCCCCGACGCGAAUCACCGUAUUCGUGACCUCGCAGGAAGAUAGUCUCUGGGGAUUGCAGUUGCGUGCGUUAGGUGUCAAUGUACAUGUUGUCGAGGGGGAUAGUACCCGUGAUCGGGAUGCCGCUAUGACUGCCGCCAGCACGUAUGAUAUUUUGAGAAUUAGGACGGCAGAGGAGGCGAGGGAGAUGUAUGGGGAGUUGUGGAGGGAGGGGAUGAGGGGGAUGGGGGAGGAUGAGAAGGUGGAGGCAGAGGUGGUCAAUGGGGAUGUUAGGGUUUCGUUGGGUGUGAAGGAGAAGAAGAGGAGGUUCCUGGGAAAGGUUUUGGGGAGGUGA